UUUGGUUUGGACCUACGCUUUCUCUCAGUUCCCUACUUGCUCUGCUCUCUGCCACACUGCUGAGUGCUGAUGGAGCUUUUUGAAGAGGCGCUGCAGUAUCUUAUAUCCUCCGGUAUACCGGUGGAGGAAAAUGAACCUGUGGAUUCAGAAUUCGCUCAUGAAGUGUUUGAGGAUGAGAAUGACUGGAUUCCUCACAUCAGUGAGGAGGUAGCAGUAUUUCCAGACACACCGACGUAUAAAAGCCCAGAGGACAUGCUGAAUAAAAGACUGCAGCUACUCAGAGAGAUUUUAAUCAGUGAAGAGAUCUACCUGAAUGAGUUGGAAACCCUGCUCAUGCCCAUGAAGGCUCUCAGGGCCUCAGCUGGUACAUCCCAGCCUGUGUUGUCCAUUGAACAGGUCCAGACCGUGUUCUUCCAGCUGCCAGAGCUCUUAGCUCUCCACACUGAGUUUCACAGCAACCUCAGAGAUAAACUACAGUUGUGUUUAGAUCUAGAGCUAGGACUUCCUCUGCAGCUGCACCAUGAGAACCAUGACCUGUCUGUCGGAGACCUCUUCAUCAAAUUUGUGAGCCAGUUAGGAGUGUACCGAGGAUUUAUUGAUAAUUAUGAGAAUGCUGUAGAGAUAGUGAAGAAAUGCACUCAAUCAGACCCACGAUUCCGAACUCUUGCUCAGAGUAUGAAGUCCACCAGAGGAUCAGACAAUUGCAGAGCAAUGUACACCUUUGAAGCUCUCCUGUACAAGCCUCUGGACAGAGUGACUAAGACUACACUUGUACUGCAUGAUCUGCUGAAACACACUCCAACUGAUCACCAAGACAGUGUAGUGCUACAGGAAGCUUUACGUGUUUCAAGCAGCUUCCUGUCUGGGGUUAAUGAGGGAUUGCAAUGCAAGACAUCAGUCACAAUUAGCAGAGGAGAGAGACGACAGCUUGUGCGUGAUGGAUUUGUGGUGGAGGUCUGUGAAGGUGGGCGGAGCCUCAGACACCUUUUUCUCUACACAGAUCUACUGCUGUGUGUCAAGCUGAAGUAUGGGGCUAUGGGGAAGCAGCCUCACUACAGGUUUUGUUGGUAUAUGCCAAUCACGGGACUAAAGAUAACCUGGGCAGCAGAGCAGGAAGCAUCUGCUGACCUUCAGCUUAAAAUCAGCAACAUGAGACUAAAGUUGUUCCAUUUGAGGCGAGCAUUCCGGCAGUUCAUGAAAGAGAAGAAAGGGUCUCUUUCUCGUGCUGCUGAUCGCUGUAAAAGGAAACUCGAGACUUGUGAAAUUUGGCUUCUCACCCAUGAGCCUUCUUUUAUCUUAGAUUUACAUAGCCCCAGCAGUAAGAGUCACACCAUUCACUUACCUUCUCUGUAUGAACUGGAUGAAUGGAGAGAAGCGAUUAACAAACACAAAGCAGAGGAUGUAGAGACAGUGCCACCAGACUUACUCUCUCUAACCAACUCUUGUGUAAAACUACGAAUGACUCAACAUCUCCCCCUUUGCUGCCUUCAGCCUGACGAAGAGGAAAAUAGCAUGUGUGGGAGUGUGUAUGUGAUUGUGCAUUCAGCCUGUGGGCUACAGCAGCCAGCCAGUGUCUAUGUGUGUGUGGAAGUUGAUGGCUUUGAGAUUUCUGACAGAAGAGCUCAGACUUGUCUUUCAUCAUAUAGUCCGACGCCACAAUGGGAUCAGGAGCUGGUGCUGAAGGUGGAUGGAGCUCAGCACCUCCGCCUGCUGUGUGUCUCUCAGUCAGAGGAGAACAUUAUGGGCAGAGCUGUGAUACAGUUAAAUCCUGUUGAGAUGCUAAAAAAGUGGAAGAAAAUGAGCGUGAAUUUGGGCUCCGUAGAGGUGAUGCUGUCAAUCAAAUACUCACCCCAUGUACUCGAGCCACCCAGUUCAGUCCCUCUCCAGCACAAGCCUGUAUUCUGUGUGCUGAUUGGAGAUGUAGCAAGACAAGAGCACGUGCUGGUUCCUCAUAUAGUGCGUUCCUGUGUGGAUGAGGUCGAGAGGAGAGGACUGGAAGAAGAAGGCAUUUACAGAAUCUCAGGAGCCAGCAAUGAGAUUCAGGCUCUAAAACAUGCAUUUAAUACCAAUUACUGGGAGGCUAUGAAUAAGGUGAGAAAUGUGGAUGUGAAUGUAGUGUCUGGCACUCUUAAGCUGUACUUGAGAGAAUUGCCUGAGCCUCUUAUUCCUGCUGCACAUUUUCAGAGUCUCUCUAAAGCAAUGGAUCUGACAGACCCAAAUCUCAGAGCGAGCACCAUGUUGUCUGAGCUGCAAUCCUUCCCUGACGUCAAUCGCAACACACUUCUCUUCCUCUUACGUCACCUUAAAUGGGUUGCACAGAAGGAGGAACUGAAUAAAAUGUCUCUCAGUAAUCUGGCCACAGUGUUUGGCCCCACUUUAAUGCGCCCCCCAGUGGCCAGUCUAGAUCAGUACGCUCCACCGGUGGACAUCUCUCAAGAGGUUGAGGUUCAGGUCCACGUGAUUUACCGCUACCUCCAGAUUCCGAAUCUACCAGAAGCUCUCACUACAAAACCACUGGAUACUGAGGAAGACCCGUGAAAGUUAAUGUUGUGUGUUGUACAUACAUACAUGCAUAACAGGAGCAAACAUCUGGCAAAAUAUCUUCUUGUCAAGUUCACAGGCAAUUUAUAGGAACCAUGUACAUACCAUGUAUAUUUAUUUUAUUUAUUCUGAAGAUUAAUUGUAUCACCCUGUACAUUGCCUCUAUGAUUACAAGAAACUUG